AUGGGACAAUCAAAAUACGAUGAAGACUUGGGCAGCAGUUCAACACCAAGCGACCAAGGCGAUGACGUUACGGCUUUGCAGGACUUCAUUGCUGGUGGUGUCGCUGGAUCUGCCUCUGUGGUUGUGGGUCAUCCCUUUGAUACAAUCAAGGUUCGUCUCCAGACGGCUCCCCCGCAAACAUCUCUUGCAUCAGUUGCAUCUUCCUUUGGUGGUGUGGGAAGUCUCUUUCGCGGAAUGGGGGCACCACUCUCUGCUGCUGCCGUGGUAAAUGCUCUGAUUUUUUCCAGUUAUGGCGCAAGCUCUAGACUAUACGAUCAAUAUAUACCCUCUGGGAAAUCUGCUUCAACCGAGACCACCGAUUAUCUAGAUGGCAACAACGACGAUGGAUACAGCGAUGGUGAUUCCAUUUUCAAGUCUUUUCUUUGUGGAAGUUUCGCUGGCUUUGUACAGUGUGGAGUGAUCUGUCCAAUGGAACACAUCAAAUGCCGAUUGCAAGUCCAACAUGGCAAAGGAGCAGCCGACAACAUUUACAAAGGUCCAAUGGAUGUCACUAGAUCCAUCAUUCGCAGUCACGGCAUACCCGGCCUCUUUCGGGGUUGGUGUACAACAUGUCUACGCGAAGUCCCAGCCUUUGGAUUGUACUUUAGCAGUUAUGAUUAUGUCAAGGACAGUGUGAACUCAAUGAUUGCCGCGAGGUAUGGCGAUGUUGACGACAAUCCUCAAGAAUCUCAUGCCUGGAUGGCAUCUGCCUUUGCGGGAGGUGUCAGUGGGUGCAUUACUUGGGCCGUUGUCUACCCCGUCGAUGUGAUAAAAACCCACAUUCAAACCGCGCCACUCGACUCUCCAGUCUCCUUCAUUGGUUCUGGGCGGUACCUUGCUGCCAAAUAUGGCUGGAGAGUACUUUUUAGAGGGUUGGGAAUUACCGUGUUUCGGGCAUUCCCGGUCAACGGGACGAUUUUCCCAGUCUAUGAGUUCACAUUGAACCAUAUAAGUAACCUGUAG